CUCUCUCUGUGUGUGUGUGUGUGUGUGUGUGUGUGUGUGUGUGUGUGUGUGUGUGUGUGAACCUUUGUGACGAUCUAAAGCUGAGAUGAACUGCAUCUAUUCUGUCGUCUCUGCUGGUUGCUUUGGUGGGGAAAACAGGGAGAGUGAGGAUGGGUGUGGAACAUUUGAGGGCAAGCGGAAAGGCUUGCAUAAGCAUGGAUUUACGUAGGGGGGUCAUACUCACACUGGGACCAUCGACGUGAUUUGACCGGAAUACCAGUUAGGUACCUCUAGGGAAGUCUUAAUAUGAGUCCGCCCUUAGGGAGUCUACUAAUAGGGUUCACUUCCGUGUUGCAGUCCUGGGGAAUGCCACGGAGGUAUUUGAAGCCAGCUAGGAUGAGUCGCGCAUAGGGUUCACUUGGGAUCCCCUCGUGAGACAUGCCUCGUCUCACCUCUCUGAGCUAAGCUUGCUAAAGUUAAGUUCCUGUCUCUGUCUCGUAAGACAAUCUCUCGUUGUCCCUGUCAUGCUUCUCUGAAGAUUGAUGAAGGAGAGCAGAGCAGAGCUUUGAAUGCUCAAUCAAUCAAGCGAAGCGGAGGAGGAGGAGAAGGAGAAGAAGAAGAGGACGAGGAGGAGGGAAAAAGAUGAAGAAGAAGAGGACGAGAAGGAGAACAAGAAGAAGAGGAGGGAACAAGAUGAUGAGGACGAGCACAAGGAGGAGGAUGCGAUGAGGAGGAGGAGGAGAAGAAGAAGAAGAAGAACAGGAGGAGGAGAGAAGACGAAGAAGCAGAAGAAGAGGAGGAGGAGAGGGCGGCGUAAAAGAAAACCACGAUGAAGAGGACGAGAAGAAGAAGAAGAAGAAGAACGUCAAGAAAAGAAAAAGAAAACAAAAAGAAACUGAACUG